AUGUUAAAGACUUAUGAAAAUUUUCAUCCAUUUCUUAAGACUCUCCGCUGUUUUCGUUACGCGCCCGUCUGUCAUAAAAAAAGCUUAAAUACUUAUCAAUUGAGAAAUAAAGUUCUGAAGGGAUUUUGUGGGGAUUCAAUAUACUUACAUAAAGAUCUUGUUGGUGGUGACAUCAAAGAUUUGGAAAUCAAUUUUGACUUUUGA